CGGCAGUCGAAGAUAAGACUCUUUCGAUUCAUGAAUAUAAAACGACAGAGUACCCCUCACUUGCAUAGUCUCGUCACAAGCCCAAAACAUCGAACAAAAUGAAACGGUUACUGUGUUUAUCGUUAGUCUUGCAGGUGGCUCUUCCUGCAGCAAUAAGCCAAGAGUUCACCGUUCCGGUACCGCGGAUCCAGGUCCUUUCUCCCAGAGGAUUCCGGGUCAGCAUCCCGGAUCAGGAUGGCAUCCAGCUCUUCGCGUUCCACGGAAGCCUCAACAAGCCCAUGAACGGUUUGGAAGCCGGUGAGUUUUCCAGAGACAUCUUGAUCAAGACCGACGGCCAAUGGGUGUUCGAGGAUCAUACCACGAAGUUGAAACCUGGUGAUGUGAUUAACUACUGGUUGUUCGUCAUCAAGGACAGGCUGGGGUAUAGAUACGAUAAUGGAGAGUUUCACGUGAGGGGUGAGUUUUGUUUGAAUGAGGUUGGGGUUAUUUUUCACUGUUCUAUAACACUGCGCACGCAACGACAUACUUCAGCCGAAUCCACCACGAAUGAAAAAGACAAGCCUGAAAUAUAUUCAAAUUGUCGAUGUCAAAUGAUGACCUAUGUAAUGAAUAAGGUAAACGAUUUGGCAUUAGAAGUAGAGAAACUCCGCGAAAAUACAGGCGUUCUUCAAGAACUGAUGGAAAAAAACGAAAUGGUUUCGCAGGAAAUGAAAUUCGAGGGAGUUCUGCCACCAUACGAAGAUGCUGCAUAUGUGGCCCAGGUGAUCAUCAACGGAAAGCUAGGGUUAUCUGUACCCGUAUUGAAUGCUAGUCGUAAUAAUGAUAACAGUAUUAAUUUUAAAUUAGCCAGUUUAGGUGAUAAAGUCACUGUGAUAAAAGUAGCUAAGAAAGAAUUAAUCAAUUCGAAAAUUAAAUUAAUUUAUUGAUC